AUGCCCCAAAAAUCUUAUCAAUCAUCCGGUCAUCCGAGCCGUCGGUUGGUCGUCUUCAAAAUGCGGCUCUGUCUCUGUGUAGCCAUACUCGCAGGGCUCGUCCCCUGCCGAGCCCUAAGUUUUCAGGGUAUAGAUGAGGAUCAGAUUCCUCUGGGGGUUCCACAAGGCGGCAAUCGGGAUGACGACUCGAAUCCGCUCACCGAGGCGUUCGACGACAAGGUCGAGCAUGUCCUCGAGCAUUAUCAUGUUCCCGGGCUCGCGGUUUCGGUUGUUAGGGGUGGGAAGACGUAUGCUAAGGGCUACGGCACCUCCAACCUCUCCACCACCCCACCAUCCCCCGUCACCACAGACACGCUCUUCUUCGCCGGAAGCACAACAAAAGCGCACACGGCAGCCGCCAUCUCCCUCCUCGUCGCGAACAACACCCACUACCCGCACAUCCAAUGGUCCACACCACUCCACGACAUCCUCCCCGAAUUCAUCCUCGCAGACCCCUACGCGACGACGCAUUUGACCCUCGUCGAUAUCCUCUCGCAUCGCUCGGGACUCCCAAGGCACGAUCAGGUCCUGCUGCAGGAUAUCAGCAUCGAGGAUGUGGUGCACCGGUUAAAGUACCUCCCGUUGACGGAGGAGGUUCGGACGAGCUGGCAGUACUGCAACCUCAUGUACGUCGUCGCCGCGCAUCUCAUCGAGAAGACGUCGAACCAAUCGCUCUACGAGUUCUUCGGGGAGAAUCUCUGGGAGCCGCUGGGUAUGCACUCGACAUACCUCGACGUCGCGCCCGCACGGCGCGAUAACCGCGAUGUAAGCGAGGGGUACUGGUUCAAUCCCGAGACGAACGAAACGCUCUCGACGAAUCUGGCGUAUGCACCCGUCGUGCGCGGCGCCGGGAACACGCUCACGUCCGUGAAUGAUUAUGCGAAAUGGAUAUCCGCCCUCUUAUCGCGGUCCGCGCCGAUUUCGGAAAAUGGGUACGAGAUGCUCUUUGGGGCACAUUCGGUCCUUGCGCCGGCGGUGCAUGAGCCCUUCUCCGCGCCGGAUCUGUAUGGGUUCGGUUGGACUUUGCAGAGUUACAAGGGGGUGCAGAUUAUACAGCAUGGAGGGGCCCAGGUUGGGUUCGGGGCGUUUGUGGUGUUGAUUCCGAAGAUGCAGGUUGGGUUUGUGAUUCUGGGGAAUGAGAUGGUGGGCGCGAAUCGGGCGAGUUUGGUGCUUGCGUUUGAGAUUAUUGAUAACCUUCUUAGGAUAGAAAGGGAGGAGAGGUUCAAUUGGGAGGGAGUCAUCGACACCCAAGCGGAGGCCCUGAAGCUGUCAAACAAAACCCUCGCAGCGCUAUACCCCGAUCUCCCAGAUACAGACUCCCUGCUCCCGCACCCCCUCCCCCUAGAUUCAUACAGUGGCCGGUUUACACACCCGGCCUACCCAACCCUGUUGAUAAACUCGAGCUGCCCCGACCGCUCAUACCAGCUCAAGAACCCCGAAAAAUGGACGGGCGCGCGGCUUUGCGCGGACUUUGACAACUACAAGUCGGGUUCCUUCUCGACAGAGAUCGGGGUUGACUUGUUUCAUGUCACUGGGACGUAUUGGACGCUUGUUUCGAGUACGGCGGGGAUGGAUGGAGCGGCGAGGGUGGAGUUUCGGAUCACACCCGAUGGAACGGUGAUUGAGGUGGGCGUUGAGUUUGAUGAGAUGAUGCAGAAAAAAGGGGAGAAGAUCUGGUUGACGAGAGCCUGA